AUGUCAACCAAGUUAUUGAAUCAGGUAGCCAAUCAAAACACACUUAUCUGUAUUAAUGGUUAUUUUACCGCUACUGCAUUAGGAAAAUUAGGUCAUGUUGAUGGAGAAAAGGAUUUAACAAGAGCAGCACCAAUGAAAGAGGUGAUCCAAAUGAUUCCUACACUUUCAUCAGGAUUGUUUUGA